CGGUGCGGAGCGGCGGUGCGGAGCGUGGCUGCCAGGCGCUGGCGCCGGAGGCAUGGCAGAUCCCUGCGGAGAGCAAAUCCACCGGGAGGUGCAGGAUUACUAUGGCAGAGAGCUGCAGAAGUCAGAGGACCUGAAAACCAAUGCUUGUGUCACCUCGGCGAGACCCCUUUCCAAGGCGGUGAGAGAUGCUCUGGAGCGUGUCCACGAGGAGGUGGUGGCCAGGUACUACGGCUGUGGUCUGGUGAUCCCGGAGUGCCUGGAGGCAUGCCAGAUCCUGGACCUGGGCAGCGGCAGCGGCAGAGACUGCUACUUGCUGAGCCAGCUGGUUGGGGAGCAGGGCCGUGUCACUGGGAUAGAUAUGACUGAGAGCCAGGUUGAGGUGGCAAAGAAGCACAUUGCCUACCACAUGAACAAGUUUGGCUACCAAAAGCCGAAUGUGGAGUUCCUCCAAGGAUACAUGGAGCAGCUGGGUGAUGCUGGGCUGGCUGAUGAGAGCUAUGAUAUUGUCAUCUCCAACUGCGUGAUCAACCUCGUCCCCGACAAGAGGGCAGUACUGCAGGAGGCCUACCGUGUGCUGAAGCCCGGUGGAGAGAUGUACUUCAGUGAUGUCUACACCAGCCAGCACCUGAGUGAGGCUGUCCGGAAGCACAGGGUGCUGUGGGGGGAGUGCCUGGCGGGAGCCCUGUACUGGAGAGACCUGUACAGCAUUGCCAAGGAGGUGGGGUUCAGCCCCCCGUGCCUGGUCACCGCCAGUCCCAUCACCAUCAACAACAAAGAGCUGGAGUGCAUCAUUGGUGACUGUCGCUUUGUCUCGGCAACUUUCCGCCUGUUCAAGGUGCCAGGGAGCAGCCGAGCCGGGCCGGGACAGGUUAUCUACAACGGUGGGAUCACAGGGCAUGAGCGAGAGCUGGUGUUUGAUGCCAACUACACCUUCAAGGAAGGAGAGGUGAUGGAUGUGGAUGCUGAGAUGGCUGCAAUUUUGCGGAGCUCCAGGUUUGCAGAGGAGUUCCUGAUCCGAGCCAGUGGGGCCAAUGUUGCUACACCACAGGGCUGCUGUCACCAGGGGGUGAAGGAUCCUGCACUCCACCAUCUCGUGAUCACUGCAGCCAAGGCUGCCAUUGACCGUCACCGCUCCAACCAGACCCUCCUUGCUGGUGAGCACAAGAUCCAGCAGUGCUCCUCUCCUAGUUGGUUUGUCCACCAUUUCUAUCAAGAAGUUAUCGAUGCAUUGGAGGAACCUCCUAGACUGUGAAUGGCUGCCUGUGUAGACCUUCCAGCAAAUAUCUGGGUAGUUAAAAUCUCCCAUGAGGACCAAGGCCUGUAAUUGUGAGGCUGCUUUCAGCUGCCUGUAGAAAGCCUCAUCAGCUCCCUCGUCCUGAUCAGGAGGUCUGUAAUACACCCCCACAACUGUAUCACCCAUGCAAGCCUGCCCCUUAAUUCGUACCCACAGACUUUCCACUUGCUCCUCAUUGGCCCCUGGACAGAACUCAGUACAUUCUAGUUGGUCUCUGACAUAAAGAGCAACUCCACCGCCUCGCUUCACUGACCUGUCUUUCCUAAAAAGGAUUAGCCAUCCAUGACCACAUUCCAGUCAUGUGAGCUGUCCCACCAUGUCUCUAAUUGCCACCACAUCAUAACCCUUAGACCACAAAAUACAUACUGCAAUACAGUGUGCUUUUGAUGAAACUAGUGUUUUACAAAGAUUGUCUAUAGAGCAUAAAAAUAUCGAAACCACAACGAACAACAAAAAUGCAGGGGGCUUGGCUGCAUAUGUCUGUUCUGUAGUACACGUUGCUUUCUUUUGGGAGGUCUCUUACUUUGAAUUCUAAACUGCAAAAAAUGAAAAUUAAAAAAAAAUCCACCUGGAUAAAACUGA